GUACAUAUUGCUAAAAUGCUGUUUGGGUCUGGUUGUCAGUCGAGAGCCUGCUUUUAUUGUGACCAAGUGAGGAAGAGGGGAAGGAAAAAGAUACUGUCACAACAUGCACUCCUAUUUUUGAGUGGUGGCAGGUUUCAAGGAUCCCAACUCAUAUCCAAGAAAAUCCUCUUGAGCCUGACUGCCUUGUCUUUCACACUUGCCUUGUGUCAGGGAUACUGCAUGCGUAGCCAGCAUGAAGCAGAGAUUAAAGAUGGUCAGCAAGUGGUACCCACCGAGUGUACCGAUUUCAAUGAUGGGAGCAAGCAUCCAUUAGGCUCUAAGUGGAAUACAGCGGGGUGCAUGGAAUGCACAUGUAGUGGAAGUGGAAUGGAAUGCUGUUCCAGGUACGGUGGUACUGCCGAAGUUGAGGGAUGUAAAGCAGUGGUAAAUCCAAAAACAUGUAAAUAUGAGUUCUAUAAACUGGAUGAUCCCUCCAAACCCUGUUUCUGAGCUUUACAAAUCCCACCUAAAUUCCUUUCAUGUAAGAGAAUCUGAAUAAAUCAGUCAUAUGUGCA